AUGCUAGAAUCUGUACAGGGAUUAUGGAGGGAUUUUUUUGGGGUACGAGAUGACGGCAGGAAAAGAGAAUAUGGAUCUCUAGAUGAAGUAAGAAGACGAUCUGCAUUGAGAAAUAAGCGAAAGCAUACGCGUUCUACGGGGAAAAGCAUGUUAAGAAGACCAAGAAAGGUGGCAGAUAGGAAACCUCAAGAAAGUCUUGAUAAAGGUAGAGAGAAGACAUCUAAGCGAAGACUGGCGAGGAUAUUUCAGACAAUCAAGGAUGUUUUUUCUAAUGAUAAUGAGGAUAUGAGCAAAAUGCAAAGUAUAUGCGGCGACAUGACUAGAAUCCUGAAGAAGCCCCCUCAGGGAAGACCCUCAUACAUGGAUGCAAGUACUGCCAAAUCUAGGAUUCUAAGAAGUGGUGCCUUCAAGAGAAAAAUAUCAGAGUUGAAAUACAAUAAACAACGGAUUAGCGAGUUGAGGAAUGAAAGUUCUGAUGCGUCUUCCAGAACGAAUGCGAAUCAAUCAUUAUACCUAGAUAGAGAAAUGCUUCUACAGCGACAAAUAAGGAACAGAGACGAAAAAAUAAGAUCCUUGGAAAGCAAAUUACAAUCACUACAAGAUAAAUUAAAUUAUUCGAAUGAGAAGUAUAGGAUUCUGGAAGAUUUAUUAGAUUCUUCAAACAUUGACCCGUCAUAUACCAAAUCUAGAAGAGCCAUGUCGAAUCUAGCCAAAGAAAACGGUGAGAUAAAGCCCCUAAAAAUUGACAUUUCACCUUCUCCAAUAAGAAGAACGAAUUCAUUAUUCACUUCAAGCCCUAUGAAAACAUAUAUGCGAGAUGGAAAAAUACCAAAGAUGAAGCCAUUACACGAAAUUAUAUCCGCCGAUUGUCCAACUCCACCCUAUCGUUCAAGAGAAACUGAAAGGGCGGAUGAAACACUUUCGCCAAUCUCAGUAGAUUUUUCAAGUUACCUAUCUUGA